CGGCGGGUGGGGGGGGCCGCAGGGCGGCCGCGGCGAGAGCGGCCAGGCUGGAGUCCGUCAGGGGCAGAGCGGCGCCAUGGAGCUGCGCCGGACGGUCCAGAUCUGCCGCUUCCAUCUGCUCCUGCUGCGAGGCAAGGAGGACUCCUGGCUGCCGUCGGCCCGCCAGUGCAGGCAUCGCUCGGGUUCCCAGCCCUCCAGAUUUCCAGCCCGGAGGGGGCUGCUGAAGAGGACGUUCCUGGGGGUGCUCUUGGGGAUCCCGCUGGUGGGCGGGGUUCGGUACGCCCUGGCCGAGAAGCAAGAACGCCGGAAGAUGAGGCUCCUGGUGGACGGCAUGGGGCGCUUUGUCAGGUCCGUGGGGCUGGGAAUGCAGAUCUCCCUGGACUACUGGUGGACAGACCACGUCUUGCUGAGGGGCCUGGAUGAGAACAGCCCGGCGUUUAAGGACCUCGUGUCCAGGUGCCACCAGCGGGCGGCCAACACCAUCGUCUCCGGGGCCAUCCGGAACGGCGGUCUCUACGUCAAGCUGGGCCAGGGCCUGUGUGCCUUCAACCACCUCCUGCCCCCCGAGUACAUCAACACCCUGCGGGUCCUGGAGGACAAGGCCCUCAAGCGCGGCUACAAGGAGGUGGACGAGCUCUUCUUGGAGGACUUCAACACCAGGCCCGACCAGCUGUUCCGGGAGUUCGACUACCAGCCGGUAGCCGCCGCCAGUCUGGCCCAGGUGCACCGAGCCCGGCUGCAGGACGGCACCCCAGUGGCCGUAAAGGUCCAAUACAUCGACUUGAGGGACCGGUUCAAUGGCGACAUCUGGACGCUGGAGCUCCUGCUGCGGAUCAUAGAGAUGAUGCACCCCAGUUUUGGGUUCAGUUGGGUCUUGAAGGACAUGAAGGGGACCCUGGCCCAGGAGCUGAACUUCGAAAUCGAGGGGCAGAACGGGGAGCGCUGCGCCCGCGAACUGGAGCACUUCGACUUUGUGGUGGUCCCGCGGGUGCACUGGGACAAGAGCAGCAAGCGGGUCCUGACAGCUGAUUUCUACGAAGGCUGCAAAAUCAACGAUGUGGAAGGGAUCCAGAGACAAGGCCUACACGUCAAGGACGCAGCAUCCAAGUUAAUCCAGAUGUUCGCGGAGCAGAUCUUCUACACGGGAUUCAUCCACGCGGACCCCCACCCCGGAAAUGUUCUGGUGCGGAAGGGCCCGGACGGGAAGGCCCAGCUCAUCCUCCUCGACCACGGCCUCUACGAGUUUCUCCACGAAAGAGACCGCGAAGCCCUGUGCAAACUCUGGCGAGCCAUCAUCUUGCGGGAUGACGCGGGCAUGCAGGCCUACUCCAGGCAGCUGGGCGUGAAAGCUGAGGACUACUUCCUGUUCUGCGAGAUUCUACUCCAGCGGCCCAUCCACCUGGCCCAGCUGGGCACGCCCAACUUGCCGACGCGGGAAGAGAACGACUACAUGCGAGACAUGGCCAAGAACCGGUUCGACCGCAUCAUGCAGGUGCUGAAGGACCUCCCGCGCUCCAUGCUGCUCGUCUUCCGCAACAUCAACACCGUCCGGGGCGUCAACGUGGCCCUGGGGGCCCCCGUGGACCGCUACUACAUCAUGGCCAAAAGUGCGGUGAAGUGCUGGAGCCGAAGCAUCGCCCAGAAGCAGCUCGGCCUGAGUAGGCUCUUCUUCGUCCGCUGGAUCCGCUCUCUCUGGGCAAGCCUCAAGUUUGAGUUGGCGCUCAGGCUGCAGAUAGCCUCCAUGAGGCUGACUACCUCACUCCUGCGCUUCCUGGUGUUCGCCGGCUUCCUGGGAGACAGAGAGGAACAGGAGCAGAUCUACGAGUACCUGCAGGCGUAGGCCGGCCCCCCC